AGAAAAAGAGAGAAAGAGAGAAUGAGAGUAUGAACAAGGUUAACGUCCGCAGAUAUGGUAAGAGAUGAUGCACUCGAGGAUUCUUCCGAAUUACUUCGUUCACUCGUUCCUGAAGGAACAAAGAGAAGAAUCAUCGAGGGAAAACAUCAUCAUCAUCAUCAUCAUCAGAUGCGGUGUCAAACGAGGAACGUUCUAAACAAAGGAUUACGAGAAGAAAUGCAGAAGGAAAUAGUAUGAUCACGGCGAUAUGAGAAGAAGCGACGAAUUACUUCGAAGUAGAAAAUUUCGAAUGAUUCUAAAACGUUCAGGGUAUUACAUGAAUUUUUAAAUAGAAGAGCAAAUAAAGAAGAACUGCUAAAUCAAAUGCGUUUUUAAAGGAAAUAUACAAAUUAUCAUCCUUAUUCCUUCAUUUCGCGUGUUAUUGAGACACAACGAAAUAUCGCGGUACCAAAGGACGUACGACGAUUGGUGCAUGACACAAGCAACUCCUGAGGAGAAAUUUCCUUUGUAUUUUACAGCGAAUCGUAAAGGUAUAGGCUAAUUAUGGAUGACAUAAAGGUGCCUAAUUUAGGACAGGCUGCAUCGGCCGCAUGUUCAAUGGCUACGAAUUUCUUAGCGCCAGUAAAAACCGAACAACAAAUUUACGAAAAUUCAAUGCUCGAAGAUGAUCCCAAUGCCAAUUCGGUGGUACCCACUUCUAAUGAAGAUAGGAUAUUACCGAGAUGGGGUCCUAGUCAUAAAGGUGCACAAGAAUUAGCAAAUCUUUACAGUAGCGGAAAAAGAACGCAGGAAUGUAUAUGCGUUGGUAUUUGUAUCACGCUGGUAGCAGUAAAUUCAUUGUUCAUCUUGGUCAGAUUAAAACUUGAAAAUUUAAGUUCGAUAAUAGUAGCAGCAUUAUGCGGAAUCAUCACGGCGGAUUUUGGAUCUGGAGUAGUUCAUUGGGCUGCUGAUACAUGGGGUUCUGUCGAACUUCCCAUUCUGGGAAAGAAUUUUUUAAGGCCUUUUCGCGAGCAUCACAUCGAUCCAACCAGUAUAAUGAGACACGAUUUUAUUGAAACGAACGGUGACAAUUGUAUGGCCACCAUACCAUUCCUUUCCAAAUUAACAUGGGACUUUCUUACUUUAUCAGAACCGGAAAUCGAGCAGAAGUUUCUUUGGACAUGUUAUUGGUUUUUACUUGCAAUUUUUGUAGCGAUGACUAAUCAGAUUCAUAAAUGGUCACAUACAUAUUUCGGACUUCCUCCUUGGGUAGUUUGGCUACAGGAACAUAGAGUAAUUUUACCAAGAAAACACCAUCGUGUACAUCAUGUUGCACCGCAUGAAACAUAUUUUUGCAUUACUACUGGCUGGUUAAAUUGGCCAUUAGAGAAACUCCGGUUUUGGUAUAUUUUAGAAAUCAUUAUUGAAAAAUUAACUGGUUGUAAGCCUAGAGCUGAUGACCUAAAAUGGGCACAGAAGAGGUCUUGAGAUUUAAUGUGGUUUUUCUUAGCUCUGCAUUUUAGUGGAUAUUCAAAAAAUGUAAUAUAGUAUCAUAUAUUCAAGGGACUGAAAUAACAUCGAACUGGCUAGUAACAGAAAUGGAAAUUUAUGCACGGACAAUAGUAAAAGCUUGAGUGAUACACAUAAAAAUGAUAUUAAAUCUAUAUAGUUUUUUUAUACUAGUACUAUGAGGCCUUUGAAACAAAAUAAAAAAUGUAGAGGGACUAGGAAUAAAUAGUAUUACUUAAAUAUGCUUUUAAACUUUACACAUUUAUAAUACGUACAUGCAAUAAUAUAUGUACAUAUAUAAGACAAAUGUAAUAUUGUAACGUUAUAUAUGUCAUAUAAAACUUGAUAAUUGGCCUGUUGUACUGUAUUACGAAAUUUGUUGCAUAGCACAAUGAUUCCACAAAGAGCACAUAGCUCAUUGGAUUUUGGUAUAAAAAAUUUACAAUUAAUUAUAUUAUGAAAUAUCUUUAAGCAAACACAGGAAAAGUAAAGUCAAAAUUAAAAAUAAAAAACUAAACUGUCUUAUAUUCUUAAUGUGUUUUGUAAGCACAUAUGUCCAGUGAUGAAAGUAGAAAGAAAUAUAUAUGUGUAUAUAUAUAUAUAUUAUAUAUAUAUAUACACAUAUAUAUAUAUAUAUAUAUAUAUAUAAAGCUUAAAGUAUACGUACGUGUAUAUAUAAUUUUUACACAUACAUAUGCACAUUUAUAUAAAUUAUAUAUACAUAUAUUUAAAGAACUGACUUGAUUUCAUAUAUACAAUCAUUCGCACAAUUUAUUUAAGAACAAAUUUUAAGAUAAUAAUAAUUAUUGUAAAUAUGAUUGUUUUAAUAAGUUUUAUAUCAAACAAGCUUAAUUCUUUUUUUAAUAGCUUAUAAUGCAAAUUUCCCUGAACCUUUAAAGAUCAUUGACCCAUCGAGGUGUAUUAAAGCAGAUUAUCUUUUUUCUAAAAGUAUAAAUCGCUAAAAGUAGACAUUGUCAACUCAGCAGGUAAUGGGCAACUUUGUUUAAAUGUAUAUAUUGUAUAGUUUAUUAUUUUUCAUACAUAAAAUACAUCAAAUUGAUUUAGAUACAUUAGAUUUUGCAUUAGAUUUUGCAUUAGAUUUUGAGCUAAUAAUCAUAACACUGUAUUUAUAACAAUACAAACAAUUUAAUUUCAUCUAUAACUGUUGUAUUAAUUAUUUAAUAAAAUUGACAAUGUCAUUUAAAUGGCAAUGAUAUAAAAAAGCAAAAAAUGAUUAAUAUUUGUAAAUGUAUACUUAAUUUGUGAAAAACUUGAAACAUUUAAAUGUAUGGUCAUGAAUUUAAAAGAAAUAAUAAUAGUAUAGAUUACUCUUUUUCAAUGUCACGCACACUGAUUACACUUCUUAGCUCAUAACGAAGGGUCAAAAUACUGUAAAACCUUAAGGUGCUAAAAGUAUAAGUACAAAUUUAGGUUCAGGGACCAAAGGACCUAUUGCUAUAUGCAAUUAUCUUAUGAAUGAUUGGUUUGCUUUGAAUAAAGUAUACUGAUAUAGAAAUAGAUUUUUCAAUGCAAGCAAAUAUUUUAAAUAUUUUCUUAUGUGUAAUUUAGAUUAUUAAUAAAUUUAACUAUAAAUUAAUAUAUUUCAGAUCAAAGCAAUGAUCUCUGAAUGUUUCAGUAUACUUUAUACAGAAUCAUGCCAUGAUAUAUGUUCCUUACCAGCAAGUCAGUUGUAAAUGCCUCUUAAAAAAGACGGUAUUCAUUAUUGUUAUUGUUAUUGUUAUUGUUAUAAGAAGAUUAUAAACUUUAAAUGAAUCUGUCAAAUGAGAGCUUUUCAGCAGGCAAUGCCUGGAGCUUUUCUCAAUGCGUUUAAUAUUUAUGUGCAUCUAAUUAAGUAAAGCAGAGCUUUAUUUAUCAUAAGAGAACAAAAGACAUAUUUUUCAUCUUUGAAUGCCAUUUGAUAAUAAUGUCUAAGAAUAUAUUUAAUUUAUCAUAAAAUAUAAAAGAAUUCAAAUCAAAUGGAUGGAAAAUAAUGUGAACAAUUAUAUUUGCACUGCUGUGUUAUAAUACAAUAAUUUUCAGAUUCAAACUGAAAAAUAAUAUAUAUAAGAUACUUUAUAUAACAAAUCUAUAUGUAUGAAUAGAAUACUGUUUUUGUAGCAGUGUGAUUCAAAUUUUAUGAUAAGUCUUAAAAUAAGCAAAUUUUUAUGAUAUAAUUAUUUUUCUGUUUUAAUUUAAUUUAUUUCAUAAUAAUGCAACCAUAUGCAAUGAAACUAGCAUCAAAUAACAAUAUGAAAAGACUCAAGUCUGAAUAAAGUAAUUAUAAAGCAUUAAAUAUGCUUUAUCUUUAAUUAGAAGAAAUAAAACGUAAAUAAAUUAAAUUGAGAAAUGUGAUUUUAUUAGUUUUAGUAAAUAUAUGAAUUAAGAGCAUGCAAUGAAAGAAAGUUAAUAUAAUACAUAAAAGUAAUAUCCAAUAUGCUAUUUAAAAAUUAUAUUAAUAAUUAUAUUAAA